AUGGAUUUGCGAAACAACCUCUUUGGCAAGGGACCCCGAGGUGGGCUUCCUGGACGACAAGUCCCCGGAGGACCACCGUCAGGUGGCGGCUACGGUCAAGCACCUCCACCUCCGUCGCGAGACAAUUAUUCCCAACCACAGCAACAACGGCCACCACCUACAUCUCCAGGUUACGGUGGAUCCCCAGCAGCAAUGAGUCGUCCUCAACGAUCAUCUGGCGGCUAUGGCGGCCAACCUGCCGGUGCUUCCACCGGCUACUCCAGUGCUCCUGCCAUCCCGCUACGAAUGGAGAAGCUUCCCAAGGGCUCUCUCGCCGAUCAAUACAUUUUCAGCAAUCUUUCGGCUGUUUCUCAACGUGACUUUCCAAGCAGAGAUGGAAACGACGUCUACGUACUGUUAAGGGGCGCUCAAAUGCAAGGAGAAUAUGUCGUGACGGCUCGACCGACUCCAGGGUUCCCCGACGGCUGCAUCAGCCUUUCAGACCCCCAACGACAAUGGUGUGGCAUUGGGUUAACCGACACGUUCACUGGAGAGCAAUAUGACCCCUUCUCUCAGGGGAAGACCGUCUAUUUGGGCAUUCUAGAUGUGGAGAUAUCAUUUGCUUCCCAGCGAAAGAUCACCGACACCCCCUACGACCAGGAUCAAUUGUCAGACAUCUUUCUCAAGCAGUACCAGAGUCAGAUCUUCUCUCCGGGCCAGCGUUUCCUCAUGGACUUGAAGGGCAUCCCCCUGUCUUUCGUAGUGAAAGCUAUACAGCUCGUCGAUCUGAGCAUGGAGAAGGGAGCCAGUUCGAGCGUACCGUCCACCAGUGCACCCAACGCCCGGGGUAUCCUAACCAACAUGACGACUAUCAACUUCUUCAAGGGUGCCCAAUCUCCCAUCAAGCUGAAGGGUUCCGCACGAAGACCGGCAGCCAAUGCCAUCAUCCGUCCCGACUUCAAGUUCGAGGAUAUGGGUAUCGGCGGCUUGGAUGACGAGUUCUCAACCAUAUUCCGCAGAGCUUUUCUGUCCCGCAUCAUGCCUCCAGGCAUCGUCGAGCAGAUGGGAUUGCCUCACGUCAAGGGCUUAUUAUUAUUUGGCCCACCAGGAACCGGAAAGACGUUGAUUGCUCGUCAAAUCGGCAAGAUGCUCAACGCCCGCGAGCCGAAGAUUAUUAACGGUCCCGAGAUACUGAACAAGUUUGUCGGUCAAUCCGAGGAGAAUGUCCGCAAGAUGUUCGCCGACGCAGAGAAGGAGUACAAAGAAAAGGGGGAGGAGAGUGAGCUCCACAUUAUCAUCUUCGACGAGCUGGACGCCGUUUGCAAGCAGAGAGGUAGCAGCUCCGGCGGCACAGGGGUGGGAGACAGCGUAGUGAACCAGCUGCUGACAAAGCUGGACGGUGUCGAGCAGCUGAACAACAUUCUUCUUAUUGGCAUGACCAAUCGAAAGGACAUGAUCGACGAGGCUCUACUCCGUCCCGGUCGUCUGGAGGUCCACGUCGAGAUCUCCCUGCCUGACGAACAUGGUCGACAGCAGAUUCUUAAAAUCCACACCAACAAGCUUCGUGUGAAUGGACGACUAGCCGGGGACGUCAACAUUGGGGAGCUUGCAGCCAAGACUAAAAACUUUUCUGGUGCUGAGAUCAUCGGCCUGGUGAAGGCUGCCGCGUCCUACGCGUUUGGCCGAAAUACCAAAAUGGGUGGCAUGGCCGUUGUCCCCGACAACAUUCAGGACAUGCAGGUUGAGCAUGCAGACUUCCUAAGGGCCCUGGACGACGUGAAGCCGGCAUUCGGCGUGUCGGAAGAAGCACUGGUGCAAUCCGCUCCAUGGGGCAUCAUUCCCUUCAGCCCUCAUAUCCAACGGAUUCGCGACGACGGGCAAGCUUUUGCCGAUCAGAUCUCCAAGUCCGAAGACUUGCCUCUCUUUUCAGUCCUGCUUCAUGGCCCCCGGGGAUCCGGAAAGACUGCCCUUGCUGCUGAUAUUGGCUUGAAGAGCGAUUUCCCAUUCGUCAAGCUCGUUAGUGCGAAGGAUAUGCCUGGCAUGGGCGAAACUGGAAAGAUUGAGAUGUUAAAGCGUGUCUUCAGUGAUGCCUACAAGUCACAAAUCAGCAUGGUCAUCCUGGAUGACAUUGAUGACAUGAUUGAGUGGUCGCCAGUUGGUCCGCGUUUCCAAAACAGUGUACUGAACGCAAUCGCGCUGUUGUUGAAGACAAAGCCCCCCAAGCGUCGUCGUCUUCUCAUCAUUGGAACCACCUCCCGGCGCGGUGUUCUCCAACAGCUGGAUAUCCGCGGCUUCAACCGUGAAAUUGCCGUACCUGCCGUAUCCGAUCACCGCCAACUGACAGCUCUUCUCUCGAACAGCGGCGCCUUCCCCGACCCUGCCGAGAUCAAUGAAUCUGUAUAUGAGCUUCAGAACCUUAUCGGCUCGGACAGGGUUGACGUGGGGGUUUCGGAGAUCAUUGCCACGUUGAAGACGUCGCAGUCGAAGGCAAAGCGCGACCAGCGGCCUCUGGGCCAAAUCUUCGCUGGUGAACUGGCGGAUGUCAUAAAUAUGAAUAACAUGUAG